CAUGAAUUAUUAAAAUGCAUGUUCCUACGAAGUGUUCUUGUACAGAUUUUAGUAAAGCUCACUGCAUACAGCGAUUUGAAGAAAAGUACGGAUUGCGUCAUUCCAUGGAGGAGGACGUCAGACCAGGUGCCGGUGUCGCAGACGACAAAGGCGUGACGGGAGACGAGAACCCUUAUUUGGAUGAGUUCGAUCUAAUCGAAAGGGCUCGGUUGACAAAAUGCGCAAUGGACUAUAUUAAACACCCUAAGCCUCGCUUAAAGGUUGAGGAAAACCGCUGCGUUAAUGAACUUGAGGCGAUUCUGAUGGCGUCACUGACAACUAGCGCCAAAGAGGAGGUCCGGUUGAGUGUGGAAGUUGAGCGCGACGAUUCAGACGACAUGUUACACGAAUCAAACGAGAAGAUAACGGGCGACGAAUUUGCCUUUCCUGAAUCAGAAAAUAACUCGCCAAGAUGCAUGGAUGCUCUAGAAGUGGAAGAAAAACGUGAUAUGAUGUACUCACAACGUCCGCUCGACGAAGACGCGUUGAUUCAGAACGCCAAGUUAGCAGACGACGGGUUGAGCGAAAUUAAACACGAGCACGCGCCGUCUGUUACGAUGAACCCGAAAAUGUCCUUAGUUUUGAACGAACAAAAAUGGAACUGGUUGAACCUUCCAGGAGAAGCAGACGGCUUUAGAACACCGGCUAAUUCGGAGGAUGGCCUGUGUUCAGUCCGUAUUCCGCAUAGUACAGAGAAAAUUGUGCAAACGAUACAACCAGAAGUUACAGACGUCGAGGCAGACGACAUGGCAAAAGAUGCUGAUUUCAAGAGCCUGAUGGCAGAAAUUGCCCUCAAACUUGAAGACUGCUACUUAGAUGACAUCAUUUCCGUUUUUCACGGAACCUGGAUACUGGAGGAAGGCUGCAUUGCCGGCGCGAGCACGACAGACGAAAUCUUGCGUCGUCUGCAACAGCAACGCUUCAUCAGCCGAGAUAACCUGCACCAUCUGCAGACGAUCGUCAUGCGUCUGGACGACACGGAUCUGUACACGCAGGCGGUCCAGUACAUCCGCCAUCACCAUGACACCGUGUACUUCUACAAGGAGUUAGCUACCUUGCCUAAAGGAUUCGGCCUGGUUCGGUGUCAUCUUAGCGAGCGAGACUUCACGAGACUGUCGCGAGAGGACCUCGAGUUGGUGAGAUUCAAACUAGCCAGCGUCCUCUUCCUGUCGCCCAAGGACGCUUAUAUCGUAGGGAUCGAGCCCGGCCGUCGGGUCGUCAUCUCGUGCUCUCUGCCCGUGCGUUACGUUCAGGAGCUGGCGGAAAUGGCCAGAGACGGACUUUCGGAGCUGCGACUGGCGGAAAUCGAGUUUGUGGAGAUACUCGGAAAAAUGUACGACGUCCAAGGAAACUCGAGGCAAAGAAACGGCGGCCCCUGGGAUCACAACCGUCACGCGCCGUUUUUGAGCGUCUACCAGCAGCUGAGAGACAAAUCCAAGCUCCUGCAAGAAAAGGAUCAGGAAGUGAAGGACCUGCGAGAGGAGACGCAGUUCAUGCAGCUAGAACUCGACACGAUGAGCAGCGAGCUGCAGCUGUUAACCGAACGCGCCCUCCACGAAUCCAGCAAGCCGUACGAAUCCGCCCGACGACAUUGGAAGCGAACACACGGCAGAUCGAUCACGUUUCCGUUAAGCAUUGAAGCGAAGAUGAGGCAUACCCACCACAUUCAGCCUUUGGAAGAAGCGUUGCUUCGCGCCCAACUGCUUCGUAACCCGGAACCGGAUCCUUUUGCGCGUGCGAUGGUUCCCUACAGGCCUUUGAAGAGCACGGGGCCAAGAAGUAUUCUGCCGGCUGCCAUGAAGUUCAGAACAGAGACUGAUGAUGAGAAGAAACGCGCGGUACUUCCGGUUACCGCUGGAGAUGAGUUACCAGUGAAACAUAUCGUAGAGGCUAAUGUCAUCAUGAACGAGAUUCAGGAAAUUCUGGACGAGAUACUGUUUCUUCAAGCAUUCGUGAAAUAACUUCAAUGAAACAUUCUAGGUAGAUAACUGUUGUGGGUUGUUAGAUACAUUUAGUUAUUAUAAUGCAAAUUUCUUUAUGACACUGAAUAAUUUGUACUUGUGAGUCUUGUGUCACAUGCUUCGAUUGGCAACUCGCCAGCUGUCAAUGCAAGUAACGGAUCAACCGAUGUCGUUUAUCGCCGCCACAUGGCCCGACAUCCACAAGAUAUCAGAGGGACAGAAAAAGUAUUUUAUGUAAACAAACCUAAUUUGGCGGAGCGAUAACUUAUUUUGCCGGUGAUCAAUUAUUUAACUUUUAGACGCUGUGUUUGAUGCGCUUUUAUACCUGUCUUGUGAUCGUGUUUGCAUGUGCACAUAUUAUAAAUGGUUGUAAAUAAUCAAUUACUCUAAACAACUGUUUUAAUUGAUCAAAAUGCAAAAAUAUAAUUUAU